AUGGCUUUCCCGGAACACGAUCCCAAUUUCAGCUCAAAUCGCAAUUGUGCGACGCAGAAUAAUUGGACAUUUCCCCAAACGCGAAAUACCUACGACCGAAUGGACGAUCCCGCCGCGAGCAUGUUGGACAUGGAGGACGAUUCUUCUGUUUCCAUGGACUUUCCAGAUGAAGAUAGCGAUACCCACAGCCCGCGCAAUUCUGACGGUGAGGACGAUAUCCCCCGCAUGAGUCUUCUGGGUCCCAAGAUGCGAGUCCACUCCAAAGCUCCCUGGGAAGUCGACGACGACCUUGACGAGGCCAACGAAUCCGAUACGAGUACACAUCCUGUAUCUGCACUCAAAAAGACCUUCAAAUUCGGUGCCUCGUCGUCAAGCACAGGCAGGGCGAGCGACGAAUCCAGUCGUUCUCAGAGCCAAGGCAAGGCGUCUCUAGAUCUCAUAGCACCACAUGGGGUACGAUCCGCGUUGGGUGCACUUACUCAACAAGUGAGUUCACCGUCGACUAUACUCAUUUCUCCCGGCCGUUCUUCUCCCUCAUCAAGGCGAAGGAACUUUUCUGGCCCGAAUUCUCCGACCGUGUAUCGUACACCUUCCCCUGCUCCCCCCUCGCCUCACGAUGCCACACACUCGCCAUACUCCGGCAAUCACGUCCGACAAGACAGCCUUUCAGACCCACCUAAUCCUCUUAUGCGACUACAGUCCCACACCUCCACCAACAGCUCUCCCUCGUACCACAGAGAAGAGUCCCUCCAUCCCUACGCUAAUCCCGAUUUCGCCGUUAAUUAUGUGCAAACUUCAUCACGCGAUCCUAUUCCUCACUCAGCCUUUGAGACACCUGGCGUAACUCGUAGUGAUUCUGCUGCUACUGUGACUGAAGGUCCUGCCUCCAGUUCGCAUAUGGGUCGCAAUGCUCUGCGCCCUAUACCAUCAUCAGACACAUCAGAUACGACAUCUCUACACCGCGAACCAAGGAACCGCAAGCGCAGUUCGACGUUACACGGCAGGGAGAUAUCUUCCCCUUUGCCUUCACGACUCCCAACGGAUAUGACAUCGCCUAUGCCCAAUUCAUCCCCUCAUCCCCCUCCGCUUCCCGGAGCACCCAACAUACCUGGGUGGUUAGAACGCUCAGCUUCCCCGACGUUCGCGUUGAUCUCUUUAGAAGAAGCUCGUGCGCAGCGAUCUCGCAGUGCUACCGUUAAUCACGGAUCUACCCUGCCUUCAUCACGGCUAGCUCAUUCUUCGAGUGAUGCUGAAGUUGAACAAGAUACUGCCAGUAUUGUGAACAGCUUUGAUACUGGUCACAGCGACAACGCGAGUUCCAGGGCUCGGGCUCGUUCCAUCAGCGCGGGCACAAGGGCCAAACAGGCCUUCCAGUCGAUGGUGACCAGCAAUCCCCCCAAGUAUGAACGGCGGGACUCAGAGCCGUCUAUUCAGCCCGUGUCUGGCCCGGCUCCGUCCAGCAAGGCCUUGAAGCACAAGAAGAGCGGGUUUAUGAAGUUCUUCAACAAGGACAAAGAGGCUCCCCCUGUGCCCUCUCUCUCCGAAACUCUCUCAAGCUACCAGAUACAUCAAUCAGCAGCGAAGCCACCGAAAUCAUUGCUGCAUCGCAUACCUGUCCCCCAGUUGACACCAUCUCUCAUGGAAGCUGAUCCGAUAGAUAUUAGAGAGAAUUUGGAGAACCCUGCAGAGGCAAGUCCCACCUCUACUUUGCACAAGUAUCAAAACAAUCCCCGCCGCACGCCUCCACUAUCGAUCAACACGCACUCCCCAUCCUGGGCUGGUCCUUCGCCCGUUAAUGACGGAUUCCUCCACGCCAGGAUGGGAAAUAAAAACUGGCAGUCCGAUUCCGUUCCCCAAAGUGCUCCCGCCCAUGUUACCGAGUUUCCUGCCCUUAAACUUCGCCCUGUAUCGACCAUAUUUAGCUCCCAUUUCCGUGAUCAUCUGGCGUUAGGCGAGCGAUCGCCCUUGCUUGAGGCAGAUUCCGGCAUUCUUAGUCCAGAUAGCGCCGGUACCGUCGGUUCCCCAGUCACGCCCGCCCCUCCUCCCAUGGUCUCGGUCACACCUACGAGCAAGGGUGGCGGAAAGGAUGACGCCAGCAUCCGCAGUGUACACGUCCAGGGUGAUGCAGAUACCAUCAUCAAAUCGUUGCAAGAACAGAUUGUAACGGCGAAACAGGCGUGGCAGAGGCAAAUCUGGGAGCUGGAGGGACAGGUGCGAGACUUGAAGGCGGAAGUGGAGGAGCUCAGAGAAGCAGGCGCGGAGAAGGGACACUGCGAUGUAUGUGGUAGAGAACGUCGCGACGAAACUCGGGAAGUAGGUAGCGGCAUCGUAAACCGACCUCGAGCGCGCACCGGGAUGUCGACACGCUUCGGCAGUGCACUUUCUUAG